AUGUCUGUGUCCAGCAAAUCGAGUGCUACUUCUGGUGAAGAUGUUUUGCUGUAUAAAGCACAAAUGCUGGUACAUGUUAAUAACAUUAAACAGGAUGUUAUGAAAGGUUAUCAUAAAAAUAUGAAAAUCAAAGAGAAUUAUGGAGAGUGGCUCCAAUCCCUUAAGGAUGAAGUACAAAUGACCCUAAUUAACGACUGGUCGGAAGGAUCACCCUUGGUUGGACAUUUGAAUACCAUUGUUCAAACAUCUGAUUUGAAGGAGCGAGAAGGGUUAAUCCUUUCAUCUUGGCCCUAUUUCUUUGUAUUGGCUUCUCAGUUGUUGCGAGAUCGUGAAACUAGAGAAAAAGAAGUGUCUAGUCUCCAGAAAGAGUUGAAUGCUUCUAAAGCAGCCCUGGAUCAGUUAAAUGAUACCCAGGCAGAAAACAAACAGUUGAGACUAAAGCUUGAUGAAUUGACUGAUAAGCAUUGGGCGCUUCAUGGCCAGUACUUUGAUGCUAAGAGCAGGGAAACGGAUUGUCAGUGUGAUCUGGAUAAUUGUCGUAGGGAGAUACGAGAACUCCAAGCCCAAUUGUCUCAACAGGAUAGUGUGCAAAUGCCUAAGCUAUCUUUGUAUGGUGAAGGUGAUGAAGGGGUUAAAACCCACACCACCGUAACAGAGUCUACUGUUCUGAGUAUAAGUAAGCAAUUACAAACUCUACAAGAACAGGUUAACCAGAUGGCUUCUGUCCAAUCACAGCGGAAUGAGAAAGUUACAUUGUCUGAUACACGCGAUUCCUCUGACUCUGAUCAGGAGAGUGAAAAAAGCGAUCGUGAAUCUUCCGUUUAUUCAGAAGGUCAUGUUUCAGGCGAACCCUCUGUGAUGUUACAAGGUGCCAAUUCGGCCAAAACACACAGAUCAGACGGGCGCUCCCGUAAUUUUAAAGGAGCAACAAAGGGUACUAAGAAAUUACCCGUACCUGUCUAUGAUGCCCCUAAGGUAAUUAAAUUCCUUAAGGAGACUGUUGCUGAAUUUUCUAAAAAAGGCACAGCUAAUAUCGCUGAUCAUUUAGAAUCAUUUGAAAGGGCAAUGCAGUUUUUGGGAAUGGAUGAUGAUUUCCACAAGAAGCACUAUGUGUCGUGGACUUUUUCAAGUCAUUACAGACAUUACUUUGAAGGUUUACAAAGUAUGCAAACCCUAUCUUGGUCUAAAAUGAAAUAUGAGAUUAAGAUUGAGUUUGGACAGUAUAAAACUGUCUCAGCCGCUAAGAAGGCUGUGUAUAAUCUGAAAUGCAGACCUCACCAAAGUCCUAGAGAGUUUUUAACUGUUCUAAAGAACGCUUAUUCUCUUACAGAACGUAAGCCCAAAUAUGAUUCUCGAGAAUUCCGUGAUCUUUUCUUCUAUGCAAUGCCUUCUCCAAUUCGGACAAAUCUUGCUAGAGAUUAUGAUAGCGAUUGUUCAUUAGACUGGCUUGUCAAUGAAUGCAUGACGCUGUAUACAGUAUUGCAUGCCAAUGAUGAUUUGCCUGAUAAAAAGAAUCAGAAAUAUCAUGGACAAGAGGUGGCAGAAACCCAAGCCCAUCUGGGAUUAGAAUCACAGAAAAAGAGAAGCUAUGCUGAGGUGGUUAAAUCCCCAAAACCUCAGAAACAGGAAUCGGCUACAGCCUCACCUGUUGUCAGGCCUAAAACUCUUAAUGUGGAAUCCCAGGAUAACGAAGGAAAAAGUCCUACUGCCAAAAAGAAUCCACAGUGGAGAAAGGGUAAUUCCCAGUGGAAGAAAAACCCUCAGGCAAGGAGGAAAUUUUACAGGACUAAUGGGGACAGAUCCAGUCAGUCUGAGUCUGAUAACUCCCAACAGCCUCAGCCAAAUAACUCCAAACCUAACAGGCAGUACAGGAAUGGGAAAAACAAUUUUCGUCAUCAUGUCAAUCAAAUGAGUGACCAAAUCAAAUUGUUAACGGAGCAAAUGACUAAAUUAAGUCAAACUGUGGCUACAGCGACCACCAAUCCUUUUUUAGGGAUCCUCAUCAUCUAUCAGCCAGACCAAAUGAGUCCGCAAGCUAACUUGUCUUUAAAAGCACCUAGUUCCCAGGAACCGGCUCUGAAGGAGUUAACCGAUGAGAUGCCGACCGCUAGUAACAGCUUGAAUGCUCAAGACAUUCCUGAGAAGGAAGAACUAGUGGGUAAGAGUGCGCAUACAUCAGUACAGGUUGGAACUACUGCCGUGACAGGUAACGUAUGGAAGACAAGUGAUAUGCUGACACAUUCUAAGUUCUUAUGUGAAUUAGAAGAAUAUGAAGGAAGAUAUUAUGUUUCUGUAAAUGUACAGGAUUCAUUACCACAACCCUUCAUGGGGUUAAUUGACACUGGGUCACAGGCAACUAUAUUGUCAAAUGUGUACUUUCAGAAGGUAAUGGACUUAGCAGCGGAAAAGCCGAAGCUAAGAGAUUUUCCAAAUACUCUACUGAGUGUUGGAGGUAAUUCCCUUCAUGUCGUAGGUUCUACCUGGUUAAAGUUUACCAUAGGUAAUAAGACCUUGAGACACCCGGUAAUAGUGGUAAAUCUCCCCUAUGACCGAUUGAUUUUGGGUAUAGAUAUACUCAGAAGACUUAAUGUAAUCAUAGAUUGUGUGAAUGGGAUUGUAUGGUCACAAACCAAAGUACCCAUUCCAUAUGAUAAGUCUCAUCAGCAAUCCAGGCGUAACUGCCAUAUGAUUGAGGAAAGGCCGGACUCAAUUGAAAUUCAUUUUAGGAAUAGUCAGUCAUCUGAUGUUACUGUUUUGCAGGUUAAUGAUUUUAUUUCCCCUGCAGAUGAUCAUUCCAUAAAAGUUCAACCGGAGAGGAUCCGAAAUGUCUCUCUGGAAGGCGAUAUUUUAACCAUUUCUCUUCGCAGGGAUUAUGUGGAAUCUGUGGAAUCAACAAGUCAUGUUCAAUUCCUUGACAAAAUUGAAAGGGUUAAUAACAAUUUAUUUUUUCCUGUUCAAGUGAAUGAUCUAGGGAGAAGUAAGAAUGCCAAGCUAAACUUGGAGAUCGAAAACAGCUAUAUCAGCAAAAGUCUGUUAAAGCAGAUCGCUAAUCCUAAAAUGAUCCGGUAUCUUUCUCCCCAAGACAGGUGGAUCCAUAAUCUGGACGGCGAAUCGGACAGCCAUAAUAUUAUUGCAAAAUGUUUAUUAUCUAUUUCUAUCGGAAAUAAGACAGCCAAACAUUUGUUUCUGGUGUUGGACGAACCUCGUUACCAGAUUUAUGUGGGAAAUGAUGUCAUACAUCGCUUUGCUAUCCAUCUGGAUUUGAUCAAUUCUAAUCUUUGGACCAGGUUAAAAGGCAAUCCUUGUGAAUUUCAGGAGGAAGAUGCAGCACUGAAAUCGGCACAGUUAUUGCCAUAUGCAGUCAGUGUUCAAGUACCUGAAGAUGUAACCAUUCCACAAGGAAGCAGUAACUUUCUUCUACCCAUACAGGUUAAGAAAGGCCAGAGAUUGAGAAAUCCCAAUGCAUUUAUCUGCUUAUCCAACCGGAUGCAACAGCUAGGUAUCAUGGUAACACCUACACCAAUGGUAAAUAUUCAUGGAAACCCUAUUUAUGUUGUUAUAAACAACAUUGCACCUCAUAAUAUUACCUUAUCCAAAGGUACUGUUGUAGGUUUGGCAUUGGAUUCAGAAUAUUAUACUUUUGGAUUUCAAAAUCAUGUGAUAGGUCUCAUUCCUGAAGAAUAUCUAACAGAAGAACAAAUAGUGGAACAAACGUUUAAUUCUAUUCCAGAAGGUUUAUUCACUAUCCAAUCUGUUUAUCCUUUCAAUAUAGGUGAAGGUUCGUGCAGGAUUGAAGAAUCCUCCAUCAUCUUUGACCACCUAAUUGAUGAACAAGAAUAUCAUGACCAAAAGAAAAUUAAUCCACCUGGAGAGGACCUAACCUCUAAACUUGAGGAAUCCUUUGAAAUAGGUCAACCUAAAGUUUUUCCUGGAUUUCAGGAAAGGGUGGAAGAACAGAUAUCCAUGGCUGAUGCUUGCGCUAAUGACAGUGAACGUCAACAGCUAAGGGAAAUUCUAAUGGAGUUCCAAGAGAUCUUUGCCAAAGAUUCUUAUGAUUGUGGUUUUACUAACCUUCAUGUCGCUAGGAUCCAGACUGAUCCCGAUCUACCACCCGUAUGUAUCAAGCAAUAUAGACUACCUUUAGCGUCCUAUGAUGCGCUACAGGAUAUCAUUCGGAAUUUAAAGGACCGUGGCAUUAUCCGUUCGGUGCACAGUUCGUAUAAUAACCCCAUCCUAGGAAUUCUGAAGCCUAAUGGUCAAUGGCGUUUGUGUGCUGAUUUAAGACAGCUAAAUAAACGUGUGUAUAUGUCUGGAUGGCCUGUACCCUACAUAGACCAAUACUUGGUACAAAUGCAAGGAUCCAAAAUAUUUACUGCCCUAGAUUGUGCCCAGGGAUACUGGACUAUUCCGGUACACAAGGAGGACCAAUACAAGUUGGCCUUUACAUUUGGAAAACAGCAGUAUACUUGGACCCGGAUGCCUUUUGGUUACAUAAAUUCUGGUCAUGAAUUUGCUGUCUUCAUGCAUAAAGUUAUGCCUGAUGCAUUUGAAAGGGGAACCUUGGCCUAUGUGGAUGAUAUUUUACUCAAAAGUACUUCUUUUGAUAAACAUAUUCUGGAGAUCCGACAUGUUCUUAAUCAAUUAAGAGAAGCAGGAGUUAAACUUUCAUUACAGAAAGCCCAAUGGUGUCGCACCAAAGUCAACUUCCUUGGACACGAGCUGCUUAAGAAAGACGUAAGAUGGAACUGGGGGGAAGCCCAGGACAAAGCCAUAGACGAGCUGAGGAGAAAACUCACUCAGGCACCCUGUUUGGCAUAUCCGGAGGGAGGUAAGCCUUUCUAUCUGGAAACCGGAUUUACUAACUUAAGCAUAAGUGCGGUUUUGUAUCAAAAACAGGACAAUCUGAACAAAGUCAUCGCAUAUGCAAGCAAAACCUUGUCACCGGUUGAAGUGAAAUUCAACAACUGUGAGAAAGCUUUAUUGUCUACAGUAUGGGCAUUACAGAAUUUUCGGAGCUAUAUCCACGGCGAGAAGAUUAUUGUAGAAACUGCUCACCAACCUCUACAAUAUUUGCAGAGCAACAGGAUACGAGACGGUAAUCUUUCUAACAGUAGAAUUACUGCAUGGACUUUAUUCUUACAGGGAUGGCCGUUAGAAGUCCGUUAUAAUCAAAACAAGAAGAAUGUAGUUGCCCAAGGACUAGCAGAUCUACAUGAUUGUGCUGCUCUUCCACUGGAUGAUAACUCUACCGGAGAUGAUUUCCUAGAGGAACAAUUACUUUCUCCUUAUAAAGCUUAUGACGAGGAAUAUUGUCGACCACUAUCAUGUGUAUACAUAGAUGGUUGUUCAUAUCAUAUCACCAUUGAUAAUGAACGGAAAUUGGUUGCAGGUAUUGGAAUCACCUGGACAGGUGAUUAUCCAAAUAUAUCUGUAGGAUACAGCAUUGGUCCUAAAAGCAGUCAGAUAGCUGAACUUUGUGCCGUAUAUAAGACCGUUCAAAUGGCAAUUGAGUAUGGUGUUAAAGAAUUUGUUAUCAUAACCGAUUCUAACUACGUGCGCAAUAGCUUUGUCGAAUAUCUGCCUAGCUGGAAACGUAACCAAAUGCUGAGAAGUAACAACAAACCUGUGAAGCAUGGUAAGUUGUUUUGUGAAAUUGAUGAAUUGGUAAUCAAAUAUGGUUUGACCAUUUAUUGGAAGAAAACCAAAGGCCAUUCUAAGAUACAAAGUAUCGAUAAAGAAGGUAAUGAUUUGGCUGAUUCAUUAGCAAAACAGGCAGCCAUCAAUGGAGAACUUUUUAACAUUGAUGAUCUUACUGGAUCAAUUCAGAUUGAAGCCAUAACUAGACAGCAAGCUAGAAAUGAAGUGGACCUUAAUAUUGCACAAUGGAAUCAAGAAUUUCCCAAUGAGGAUCUGAUCACUAGUCAAAAGAACGAUCCCGUUAUUGGUCGAUUUUAUGAGUAUAUAAAAGAUCCUAUUGCCAAUCCUAUCACUGAUGAUGAUUGUAAGGAUAAUGAAGACUUGCGAAUCUUAAUGAGAUAUAAAGUCCAAUUCAAUUUGAUGGAUGGAUUGCUGAUCAGAACAUCCAAACAUGGCAUACAACAAUGGGUAGUUCCUACCACCUUUAGAGGUUUAAUGUUGCAACACGCACAUGACGCACCUACUUCUGGUCAUCGUGGGGAUAAGAUCACCUACGAAAUCCUGCGUGAUUAUGCCUAUUGGCCACAUAUGCUAAGAGAUGUGCAAACUUAUUGUCGAGGAUGUUUGAUUUGUCCGCAAUUCCAACCUCAUGCUCCCACUCAUCGUGCACCACUUCAGAAACGAGGAAUGUCUCUACCUUGGUCUGACAUACAAAUCGAUUUCAUUGGACCUGUAACUAGAUCCUCAAGAGGUAACAAGUAUAUGUUAACUGUUACAUGUAUGUUCACCAAAUGGGUAGAAUGUAUUCCAUGCAGAGAGAACACUAGUUCUGUGUGUGCAGCAUUACUAAUUAAUCAUGUAUUUUCCAGAUUUGGCCUUCCUCAGAGAAUCGAGUCAGAUCGUGGAAGUCAUUUCACAAGCGAAGUGAUGACAAAAAUGUGGAAAAUCCUAGGUGUGAAGCACAAGUUACAUAUCGCCUACCGUGCAGCUUCUAGCGGAGGGGUAGAGCGUUAUAACCAGUCCAUAGUAAACAUACUCAAAAAGUAUGUGAAAGAAUCUGGCAAGGACUGGGAUGUUAAAUUGCCCUUAGUUCUAAUGGCUAUUAGAGCUACACCUAGUACCGCCACUAAGAUGUCACCUUUUGAAUUGAUGACAGGCAGAAAGAUGAUUUUACCACAACAUCUGCUAUAUCGCACAUCUGAUCAUAAUUUGAUCAACGCUGCAACAACCCAUCAGUAUGUUGAAAAUCUACGUAAACAUCUUCAAUAUGCAUUUGCUUUUGCACAAAAGAAUCUAGGAAAAGCAGCAAUCAGUGCUAAAACCUACUAUGAUCUGAAGACUACUAAGAAAGAAUAUGAAAUCUCCGACCAAGUUUAUCUGUAUAACUUUGCACGAAACCAAGUGAAGGAAAAGAAGUUUCUACCUUCUUGGAAGGGUCCAUAUGUCAUAAUUGACAAGAUUUCACCAGUAGCCUAUAAGAUCAAGAUUCCUAAAGAUGGUAAUUUUGUUGAAAAAUGGGUUCAUAUUAACCAAUUGCGUGUUUGUCAUCCUAGAUCUCAGUUAAGAAUUCUAGAUAAUGAUUCUGAGAUAGAAGAUUGAACAUCGGUGUGAA